CAGUGUAGUGUGCUUUUUUCCAACCAGUGAGCUUCCAGUAGAGAGAGAGAGAGAGAGAGAGAGGAGAGAGAAGAUGAAGCCAUCAAUGGCCAUCAGAAACACCUGCAACGUCUCUCUUUCUCCUCCUCCAAAUUUCAAAACCGGGUCACCAAUCCAUCGUCUAGUUUCACUGCCCAAAAGCUCCUCGGUUUUUCUUCAAUCAUCGAGCAAAAGCAAAUCAAUCAAUUUCACAUCGAAAAGGGUGUGUAGAACAGUCUCAGCUUACUCUGCAGGCGGAGACACCACCGCCGGAGAGUCUAAAGCGAAGGCACUCCGGCGGAUUCUCGAUUCGCCGGGGAUUCAUCAGGGACCUGCUUGUUUCGAUGCUCUCAGUGCAAAGCUUGUGGAGAAAGCUGGCUUUAAUUUCUGCUUCACCACUGGAUUUGGCAUAUCAGCUUCUCGGUUGGGGUUGCCUGAUACAGGACUUAUUUCUUAUGGAGAAAUGGUGGAUCAAGGGCAUCAAAUAACCCAAGCCGUGUCAAUUCCCAUCAUUGGGGAUGGUGACAAUGGGUAUGGUAACGCAAUGAAUGUCAAGAGGACUGUGAAAGGAUAUAUAAGUGCUGGCUUUGCAGGAAUUAUUCUCGAGGAUCAGGUGUCUCCCAAAGCUUGCGGUCAUACACAAGGCAGAAAAGUAGUUUCUAGAGAGGAAGCAGUGAUGAGGAUAAAAGCAGCUGUUGAUGCUCGGAAAGAAAGUGGUUCUGAUAUUGUUAUUGUCGCACGAACAGAUUCCCGUCAAGCAGUGUCCUUUGAUGAAUCAAUCUGGAGAUCCCGGGCCCUAGCUGAUGCUGGAGCAGAUGUUCUUUUCAUUGAUGCACUUGCUUCAAAAGAAGAAAUGAAGGCCUUUUGUGAUGUUUAUCCUCUAAUUCCAAAGAUGGCAAAUAUGCUCGAAGGCGGAGGGAAAACACCAAUUCUCAAUCCUAUUGAACUUGAGGACCUUGGUUAUAAACUUGUGGUCUAUCCACUUUCUUUAAUAGGGGUUUCUAUUCGUGCUAUGGAGGAUGCACUAACAGCCAUCAAAGGUGGUCGUGUACCCCCUCCUGGAAGUAUGCCAUCUUUUGAAGAAGUUAAAGAAAUAUUAGGUUUCAACACAUAUUACGAAGAAGAGAAGCAAUACUCUACUAGCACCGGUCAACUUUCUCCACAGAGAGGUUAUUUGUCAACAAGCAGCAAUGCAUACAGUUUUCAACAGGGGACUCAAGAGGAUACAGAUCAGAGAGAUCAAAAUCCACAAGAUCCUGUGGUUGAAGUUAUAACUCCUGAUGUAUACAAUAACUAUGGUGCAGAUGGUACAAGGGAUCCAUUUUCAGGGAUCUGGUCUCGUACAUUGCGAGUCAAAAUUACCGGACAAGAUGGAUUUGAAAGACUUGAUGUUAGGAUUCCUGCUGGAUUCUUGGAUGGACUCACAAAUAUAGUUCCAGCAUUAGUGGGUGUAAACAUCAAGGCACUGCUGGAUGAUGCAGCUUUGGAAGUGGGAGGGAAGCAGUUGUUAGAUUUCAAGGACACAAUGGGCGACAGGAUUCAAGUCUUUUUGGAGUAAAAUAUAUGAAGGGAAUGACAGGUGGGACCACUGCAGCGACUUCUACCAAUGGGAAAGGAGCCUGUGGGUAUCUGAUUGCAGCAUUCCUUGGAGAUACGGAAACAAUUGCAGUGAUUGACUAGAAGGAUACAAAAGUCUGAUAUAUGUGCAAUCACACAUGAAUAAAUCAAUGCCAUUACUGUAUGAUUGAUACAAUCCAGGUUUUUGUCGUCUGGUAUGCAUGAGGAAACUUGUCUUUUUGUCGCAUUGCAUGUAUUUCUUCUUUUAUUUAUUUAUUUUGGUCUUCUGUAACAAACACACUUUUGCCCAAAUUGUCAUCAAGACUGAAAGUUAUAGUUCAGAUCAUGCAUCUGUCUUUAGUUAAACAUUUUACCCAGAUGCAUUUUGAUGA